AUGUCUACUCCUGUGAAAUUGCCACCUGUGUCGGACUUGUUGCCGUACACAGAGCCCGACUAUUACCAGGGCUUCUACACCACAUACUUCAAUGAGACGCACUUUGCUCUUCGGGAUGAGGUCCGGGAGUUUGUCAAUGAGUUCAUUGUGCCCUAUGUUGACGAGUGGGAUGUCGCCGGCGAGGUCGAUCCUAACCUUUAUCGCGAAUUCGGUCGCCGUGGUUACUUGUGCGCUCUUGCUGGUGUCCGCGAGUACCCCACAGAGUACACGGACAUCCGCAUCAAGUCUGUGCCUCCCGAGAAGUUCGACCCGUUCCACGAGAUAAUCAUCAUUGACGAAGUUUGCCGCGCUGGUUCUGGUGGUGUCUGCUGGUUCUUGAUGGGCGGCUACAAUAUCUCUGUUCCCGCCAUCUUCAAGUUUGGUUCUCCUGCUCUCAAGCGUCGGGUUUUGCCUGAUAUUCUCGCUGGUAAGAAGCGGAGCUGUCUGGCCAUCACUGAGCCAGAUGCUGGUUCUGACGUCGCCAACCUCACUACCACCGCCACAUUGAGUGAGGAUGGCAAGCAUUACCUGGUUACCGGUACCAAGAAGUGGAUCACCAAUGGUAUCUUUUCUGACUACUUUGUAACUGCCACUCGUACGGGCAAGAAGGGCAUGGGUGGAAUCACUAUGCUUUUCAUCGAGCGUGACUCUCAGACUGUUGAUACUCGCAAAAUCAUGACCCAGGGCAUGCGGGGUUCAGGCACCACCUUGCUCAAUUUCGACGAGACCAAGGUGCCUGUUGCCGAUGUCAUCGGUGAGGUUAACGGCGGCUUCAAGUCCAUUAUGGCCAAUUUCAACCAUGAGCGUCUUGGCAUCAUUGCCCAGGCCACUCGGUUCAGCCGUGUUCUUCUCCAGGCCUCGCUGGAGUGGGCUCUUGAGCGCGAGACCUUCGGCACCAAGCUCAUUAACCACGCGGUUAUUCGUUCCAAGUUCGGUGUGAUGGCUGGCCGCAUCGAAGGUGUCCAGGCCUGGUUCAAUGACCUCGUUCUCCAGUACAAGUACAUGGAUGAUCAGGAGGCCAUGGUUCGCCUUGGUGGCCCCAUUGCUGCUUGCAAGGCCCUGGUCACUCAGACCAUGGAGCUUUGUGCUCGUGAGGCGUCUCAGAUCUACGGCGGUCUCUCCUACACUCAAGGCGGUAAAGGCGGCACGGUCGAGCGGCUGUACCGUGAGGUCCGUGCAUUCGCUAUUCCUGGCGGCUCCGAGGAGAUCAUGAUUGAUCUGGGCGUCCGCCAGACCCUCAAAGAUCUCAAAAAGUACGAGCAAUCUUUGAAGAAGCAGACUAAGCUUUAA